AUGUCAACACAAAUGGACCGCCGGUCGGCCGCUUCUUUCGCCUCUCCAAAAUCUCCUUUGCGCAGUAUUCAGUACCAUCGUACUCGCGGCCGGCUCCGCAAGUCCAUGUCAACUCGAUCCAUCCGAAAACCUCGACUUCCUCCAGAUGCAGUCGUUGUCAACCCCGACGUGGCCAAGCUGCACGCUGCUGCGGCCGCUUCGAGUGCGAUGCGCUCGAGUCAACAGCACUCGAUCGAGUCCAGAUCCUCCUACGAUCGGCUCGGUGGCCCGGCACAGAUUGCGAUUCCACGACGACGAGCGAGGUCCAGUCUUCACCAGACCGAGGACAGCUCUUCAUCCUGCGGCGUACCGACAAGACCCCUAACCACACCAUGUCCGUCCAUCGAAACCGAGGCUGUGGAAAAGAUCCACGCUCGUGAACGUUCGGUCAUGCUGCCAGCAACCAGGGAGCCCAAUGGCCUGGACGGCAGAGACAGCUCCGUCCCCUCUUCAUACCGUCGACUGCGCAAGGCAAAAUCGAUGUUCUCGACCAGACAACGACCGUCACCUUCCCCGUAUGGAACACCGCCGCUGCCACGACGGAAUGGCAUUGAUCUUGACCGGAGUCCGCAGUUCAUUCUGCCUCGGACGAUGAGGAACUCCCCAUCUUUCACUCGAGGUGGUAAUCGCGAAGGGUCUCGGGCAAUCCGACAUUCCAAGAGUCACGAUACGGCUAUUCAACUUGCUCGUGAUCAAUUCCUCGACGAGAUCGACGAGGUAGAUGCCCGGCCUCGACGUUCUUCGUUUUUCAUACACCGGCGCAAGAGAGAAGACAAACCGUUCCGAAAGACAUUCCGAGUCACAAGUGAGACGAGCAUGGGAGCAAAGUCCCGUCGGGAACAGCCUCACGGAAGACGACGGACCUUCUCUGCAUCUUUCAAGAACGGUCUCAAGAGGGUGUUUGGUAUCUCCAAGCCGGUGGAGCAAAAGACCGAGUCUCUGUGUGGAUCGGAUGAUGCGAUUGCUCCAACGGUCAUCAGCGUUGCCAAAAGUCUAGUUAACUGUUCUGCUAGUGAACAUGUGGGUGAUACUCAGGAGCUGGAGACUAGCCCGCUACGAGUCCCACGAAUUUCCCCUAGCCGUGUCAGUCUGGCUACUUCCAAGUCGCGCGUGACAAGUUGGGCAGAUUCGACGGUAGCCAACACGGUCCUGACUCGCAAGACGGGUCAUCGCCAAUCCUUGUCGUUGAUUGAGGAACAUGAUGGCCUAAAUAAGCAACUACCCCAGGUUCCCUCCGUCCCUGUUGAUCAGACUUCGCCCACGGCAAGGAUAUCCGCUUCUCGCAGAUUCAACGACUGGGUCGACAGUCAUGACUUGUACAAUGCUUUGAUGCAACAAAUUGGACGACAGGCUGUACAAGACCCAAACGAGGAUAUCGUGUUUGGCACCGUCCCCGGGCACCGUGUGAUUCCCGAGCGCACUUCUUCUGCAUUCUCGCGUCGCAGUAGACGCACAGUCCGCCAUGUUCCCAGUGAGGAAUCGUCGACGCCUGGAUCAUUUGCGACUGCUCUUGCCGGUAAUUCUAUAUCUCCACACAAACAUUAUAUUCGCCCGCUUAGAUACAUUCCAUCGCCAAAGACGACAUCUCCAAUUCAACCUGGACAGGAAAAUCGACCGUUGAGUGCCAAUGUGGACGGGACAUCACCUUUUUCGCCUCGUCCUCGUGGUGGGGACUCGGAUGAUGAGACCGGAAGUGUCAUUGUUCUUCACCAUGGGAAUUCGAAAACCGUGGAAGACUCUCCCAGUAUCUACUCGCAAACCACCAACGGAGGCACGCCGAUCAAGGACACCACCGCUGAUCACACAGAGGUGCCGGGAACGGCGACCAUUUUUACGUCUGAGAGAGCCAUCUACAGGUCCCCGAAGCGUGGGUCCAGCUCAAAUCCGUUGAAAACCCAGGUGCAGCCAAGCGUGGACUGGCAGCAGUGGAUGAGUUCGCAAAUCGAGAGAAUUGAAUCAACAAGCCCGACACGAGAGCAUGUUCGCGAGGAGGCUCAAUUCCAAGAAGAUGACGAUGAGAUCUUCAUGGGUAUGAUGCGACGAGCACCUGUUCCCGGCAACAAGUCGACUGGUAUGCCGUAUAUCACUGGUGAGCCUGGUCAGGACGCAAUGCGGCCGGUUGAGGAGUCCAGGGCAGUAUCACAAAACAACUUUUCACGUCCAUUCAGCAGGGCUUCCAGCGUACGGACGAUUCACCCAUCCCAAAACGUCGACCCUAUCCAUCCUCUGAGGACUCCAUCCAAGCUUCUGAAAGUCGAUAGCGCCGCCAACGAUGUCGUGUCUCCACCCAUCCGGGUUCUCUCUGGUCGGGAUCUGUCGCCGAUGCGCAUGAGAACCGCCAAUUCGCCUAGUCUUCAGGAGUCUCCAACACCGCAGCGCAAAAUGACCGAAAUACAAAAGCGGAACUUGAAUGCAGAUCAGUAUCGACGAUAUUCGGCCCGACGUCCCAUGGUGGCAAUCGGCCAGCCCAGCUCAUUCCGGUCUAUGAAGAGCUACCGUGACUUCCACGCAGCCAGCAAUGAAAACAAAUGGCAGAGGGAAUCCCAUGAUAGGAUGAUGGAGGAGUACUACAAGGGUCAGGACGGACAGUCUACGGUCUCCAGCAAGCAUAUGGUGGAGAUGUUUUUGAAUAGUCGGCGGCGUCCAGCCGGGACAGAAACGUCAGAGAACAAGCCUGGUGAGGCGUUCAUUUGA